AUGAGCCAGCUGCGAGGCACAAAGCCUGGUCUUCUCGUGUGCACAGCCGUUGGCAUCUUCAUCUUUAUUUAUUUAAGGAAUCUGGCUCCCGAGGAAGCAGAGGAGAAACCCACCCACCCAGCAGUGGUGGAAUGCGGCUUCUAUCCUGAUGAACUGUGCUCGGCUUUGUUUGAAGGGAAAGAGGUGGCUCCCCAGAUUGCAAAGUUCUGUAGAAACCCUCAUGGAUCUGAAAUACUUGCUCAUUUACACAGACCAGGAAAUUGCUCCAGGAUUUCCCAGGAGUUGCAUUUCAUAACCAGACCCCUGUCUGCAGAGGAGGGCAGCUUCUCUUUGGCCUAUAUUGUAACUAUUCAUAAGGAGCUGGCUAUGUUUGUGCAGCUACUCAGGGCUGUUUAUGUGCCUCAGAAUGUUUACUGUAUUCAUGUGGAUGAAAAGGCCCCAAAGAAGUAUAAGACUGUGGUGCAAUCCCUGGUUAACUGUUUUGAGAACAUUUUUAUUUCAUCAAAGAGAGAGAAAAUGGCUUACACUGGCUUUAGAAGACUGCAGGCAGAUAUUAACUGUAUGAGAGAUCUAGUGCAUUCCAAAUUUCAAUGGAACUAUGUCAUUAAUCUCUGUGGACAGGACUUUCCAAUCAAAACCAACAAAGAAAUCAUACACUACAUCAGAAGCAAAUGGAAAGAUAAAAAUAUCACUCCCGGAGUAAUCCAGCCACCAAGCAUUAAAUCUAAGACAAGUCAGAGCCAUCUUGAAUUCAGCCCUGAAGGAGACAUCUACGUGUCUCCAAAUGCAGGAUUCAAGGUUAAGCCACCCCAUAACUUAACCAUUUAUUUUGGAAGCGCUUACUAUGUACUAACGAGGAAGUUUGUGGAGUUUGUGCUGACUGACGUCCGCGCAAAAGACAUGCUCCAGUGGUCCCAAGACAUCCACGGCCCAGAGCGACACUACUGGGUGACUCUGAACAGACUGAAAGAUGCUCCGGGCUCCACCCCGAACGCUGGCUGGGAAGGAAAUAUUCGAGCUGUUAAAUGGAGAAAUAAGGAGGGAACAGUUCAUGAAGGCUGUAAAGGCCACUAUGUCCAGGACACCUGUGUGUACGGACCGGGAGACUUGCCGUGGAUCAUUCAAUCACCUUCUCUGUUUGCCAACCAAUUUGACUCGACCGAGCCUCUUGUGGUCUCCUGCCUGGAGCGGUGGCACAGACUCAGAGUUCUAGGGCAGGCAGAGGGCCCUGUGGAGGCACACUGGCAUUUCCAACGGGAGAGCCAUUUUAAUACGGAAUUGAACCGCUGA